CGAACACAAAGAGAAAGAGUAGAGUACAAAAAAAGAUGACAGGAGCUAUAUCGCGUAUGUAGAAAGCCGUGCGCGCACCGCAACUGGCAUCAUAAUUAUUGUUGUAGUUAACCAAGAACAAGAUUAACAACAUACACAUAUUUCUUGGGAAAAAAAUGAGUCGUGUAAUCCUUCAGUCGGCGCCCCUACGGGCAACAAGUAUGUUCAUCCUGGUUUGGACGAGCUGUUUCGUCACAGUUGUCGAUGCAGCUGCAUCGCCUCCGUUCGCAGCUAUAACGCCUGCGUCCUCUUCGACUCUGUCUCUGCCACAAGCUGAAGUCCCGGCUGCUGAAGGGAUUCCACCAGAAGAACCAACAGGGCAGUGGAACCGAGUAUGUCAAAGUUUUCGUCCCGCUGCUGAAGAGGAUUCUGAUGCCACGAUGGGGGUUUACUCCGCUGCUAGCUUGACGGGAAAGAAGACCUUCAACUCGUACGAAGACGAAGUGCAGGUGCAUUCUAUGGCGGGAGGUCUACUGGCGAGGUUGAGUCUGUCAGCUUGCGCAAUGGACGAAAUGACGGGGCUGGGGUUGCACGAACGGGAACGCCUCGAAAAGUCAUUUCACGAUCAGAAUCCGAAGUCGGAAAAUACGUUGCUAAAGAUCCCGCUAAUGCGUAGCGUCAAACAUGAUACCUCCACGUCGACCGCUGAAGAACAGGAAACAAGCAUGGAUCAACGAGUUCAGCAAGAGCAGCACGAGUUCUCGAUGCAGGCGGACGAACCGGGAAAAGCGAUGUUGAUGAUGAUUAUGGAGUAAAUGUGCUUCUUUCAUCGAUGCUCCUCAUACUAGCUUGCCUCUAAUGUGAGCUGCACAAGGAAGAUUCCUCCUUGUCUAUUUCUUUGUAGUAUGUUCGGACUCACUUCCUUGUGCCAGUAUUCGUUCAGGACCUUCCUAUAUCAGGCAGGACGAAGUAGGCGUCUUGAUAUUAGUCAGAAUUAGUCCACAAUAUAUCUAUAAGAAAAUAUUAUAAAUAUAAAUAUGGCCAGUUUUGAAAAAUUCGAAAACUGAACUUAUUGCUUCUUAUUUUUAGGUUUUUUGUGGGUUAUUUCGGAUUAUCUGGCGAUUAUUUUUCUCAGUAUGAUAUCAGGGUGUUGGUGUUCAUCAGCCAAUUAGUAGUUUGUCAGUUUCUUCGCGACAGUGCAAAGAUCUAUGUAUUGAUCCUAGAAAUUUACAGCUCUUAGGGCGCGAUUUACAGCGGACCCUGAUGCUCCGCUAUAAGAAUUGUGGCAUGCGUCAUUUUGUUAUCCUUCCCAAUCAAUGUCGAAUAUAUAUAAAAUAUGAGCGCUUCUAUUACUAUUCCGUCCUCUAAAUCACCUGGUUUGACCACUGUGUUGGACCCGAAAACGGCUCCCGGGCGAUUGAAUAUCCUUGCCCAUUUUUGUGCAGCAGUUGACCCUGACAAUGUGGAGAAACAGGGCAGAAAGCUUGCUGACGGUAACCACCCGCAGCAUGAACAAGCUUGA